AUAUCAAUCACAAGGCAAGCUAAGGAAAAAGCAUAACAUUUAGGGAUGGCUUCAAUUUGUGAAGGUAAGAGUUCAUGGCCAGAGCUUGUUGGGACGCGAGCACAAGAUGCAGCUGCAAUAAUUGAGAGGGAAAAUUCAUUGGUUACUACUAUCAUUAUGUAUGAAACUUGCCCCGCCACCCGAGAUUUUAGGUGCGACAGGGUUCGAAUAUGGGUUGACUGCAGUGGCACCGUUAUCCGAGUACCUGUGAUUACUUAG